AGCGGUUUCUUGUUGCGCUCCUCUCAGGAGUUUUACGGCAGGGCUCGUUCACGGCUCCGGCCGCCAGCCCCAGCCUCCCGAGUCCGGAGCUGGGACUGGCGGAGGCCGCGAGGGAGGGAGCGCGAGCGAGGAGGCACGCGCCCGCUAGUCCGCGCCCAGACUGCCGCCGCCGCCGCUUCAGCAGCCAUGGCGGAGCGCCGCGCCUUCGCUCAGAAGAUCAGCAGAACUGUGGCUGCUGAAGUUAGGAAGCAGAUCUCUGGACAAUACAGUGGGUCUCCCCAACUGCUCAAAAACCUCAACAUUGUUGGCAAUAUAUCCCACCAUACCACAGUGCCCCUUACAGAAGCAGUAGAUCCAGUGGAUUUAGAAGAUUACCUCAUUACUCAUCCUUUAGCUGUGGAUUCUGGGCCUUUAAGGGAUUUGAUUGAAUUCCCUCCAGAUGAUAUCGAAGUUGUUUAUAGUCCUAGGGACUGCAGAACCCUUGUUUCAGCUGUACCUGAAGAAAGUGAAAUGGAUCCACAUGUUAGAGAUUGUAUAAGAAGUUAUACAGAAGACUGGGCAAUUGUGAUCAGAAAGUAUCAUAAACUAGGAACAGGAUUUAAUCCCAAUACAUUAGAUAAACAGAAAGAAAGGCAAAAAGGUUUGCCAAAACAGGUCUUUGAAUCUGAUGAAGCUCCAGAUGGCAGCAACUACCAGGAUGAGCAAGAUGAUCUUAAAAGACGUUCCAUGUCAAUAGACGAUACUCCAAGGGGUAGCUGGGCCUGCAGUAUUUUUGACUUGAAAAAUUCUCUUCCUGAUGCUCUGCUUCCCAAUUUACUUGAUCGAACUCCAAAUGAAGAAAUAGACCGUCAGAAUGAUGACCAAAGGAAAUCAAACCGUCACAAAGAGCUCUUUGCUUUGCAUCCAUCACCAGAUGAGGAAGAACCAAUAGAACGACUUAGUGUUCCUGAUGUGCCCAAAGAACAUUUUGGUCAAAGACUUCUUGUAAAAUGUUUAUCACUCAAGUUUGAGAUUGAAAUUGAACCCAUUUUUGCAAGUUUGGCUUUAUACGAUGUCAAGGAAAAGAAAAAGAUUUCAGAAAACUUUUAUUUUGACCUUAAUUCUGAGCAGAUGAAAGGAUUGUUACGUCCACAUGUGCCACCUGCUGCCAUUACCACCCUGGCAAGAUCGGCUAUUUUCUCUAUCACUUAUCCUUCCCAAGAUGUUUUUCUUGUAAUAAAGCUAGAAAAAGUCCUGCAGCAAGGAGACAUUGGAGAGUGUGCAGAACCAUACAUGAUUUUUAAAGAAGCAGAUGCAACUAAGAAUAAGGAAAAAUUGGAGAAGUUGAAAAGUCAAGCUGAACAGUUUUGCCAAAGACUUGGAAAAUAUCGCAUGCCUUUUGCUUGGACCGCGAUCCAUUUAAUGAAUAUUGUUAGCAGUGCUGGGAGUUUGGAAAGAGAUUCUACAGAGGUAGAAAUAAACACUGGAGAACGAAAAGGGUCUUGGUCAGAGAGGAGAAAUUCUAGUAUUGUUGGCAGACGAUCACUUGAAAGGACAACAAGUGGAGAUGAUGCUUGUAACUUGACCAGCUUUCGACCUGCUACCCUUACAGUGACGAAUUUUUUUAAGCAGGAAGGAGAUCGCUUAAGUGAUGAAGAUCUGUACAAAUUUCUUGCUGAUAUGAGAAGGCCAUCUUCUGUUUUACGAAGACUAAGACCAAUUACAGCUCAGUUAAAGAUAGACAUUUCUCCAGCACCUGAAAAUCCUCAUUAUUGCCUGACCCCAGAGCUUCUUCAGGUGAAGCUUUACCCUGACAGUAGAGUUCGACCUACCAGAGAAAUUUUGGAGUUUCCUGCCAGGGAUGUCUACGUUCCAAACACUACUUACAGAAAUCUUCUCUACAUAUACCCUCAGAGUCUCAAUUUCGCCAAUCGUCAAGGUUCUGCCAGAAAUAUAACAGUGAAAGUCCAGUUUAUGUAUGGGGAGGAUCCAAGCAAUGCCAUGCCGGUAAUCUUUGGUAAAUCUAGCUGUUCAGAAUUUUCAAAGGAAGCCUAUACAGCCGUAGUAUAUCAUAACAGGUCUCCUGAUUUUCAUGAAGAAAUCAAAGUUAAACUUCCUGCUACUCUAACUGACCAUCAUCAUUUGCUUUUUACUUUUUAUCAUGUUAGUUGUCAACAAAAACAAAAUACACCUCUUGAAACUCCUGUUGGAUAUACAUGGAUACCAAUGCUUCAGAAUGGACGAUUAAAGACUGGACAGUUUUGCCUACCAGUCUCACUGGAAAAACCACCACAGGCUUAUUCUGUACUAUCUCCUGAGGUUCCUCUACCUGGCAUGAAAUGGGUAGAUAAUCACAAAGGUGUUUUUAAUGUUGAAGUUGUUGCUGUUUCAUCUGUCCAUACACAAGAUCCUUAUCUUGACAAGUUUUUUGCUCUGGUCAAUGCUCUGGAUGAACACAUGUUUCCAGUCCGAAUUGGUGACAUGCGAAUCAUGGAAAAUAACUUAGAAAAUGAAUUGAAGAGCAGUAUUUCAGCACUGAAUUCAUCUCAGUUGGAACCAGUGGUCCGAUUUCUUCAUCUUCUGCUUGAUAAACUGAUACUCUUAGUUGUUAGACCUCCUGUCAUUGCUGGCCAAAUAGUUAAUCUAGGUCAAGCAUCUUUUGAAGCGAUGGCAUCAAUUAUAAACCGGCUUCACAAAAAUCUGGAUGGAAAUCAUGACCAGCAUGGCAGGAAUGGUCUUCUUGCAUCAUACAUCUAUUAUGUUUUUCGCUUACCAAAUACUUACCCUAAUUCACCAUCACCAGGUCCUGGAGGUUUAGGAGGGUCAGUGCAUUAUGCCACAAUGGCUAGAUCCGCUGUGAGACCUGCAAGCCUUAAUUUAAAUCGUUCGCGGAGCCUUAGUAAUAGUAAUCCAGAUAUAUCUGGGACUCCCACAUCCCCAGAUGAUGAAGUACGGUCAAUCAUCGGCAGUAAGGGUUUAGAUCGCUCCAAUUCCUGGGUUAACACUGGUGGUCCAAAAGCUGCCCCAUGGGGAUCCAACCCCAGCCCAAGUGCAGAAUCAACACAGGCUAUGGAUCGAAGUUGUAAUCGUAUGUCUUCGCACACAGAGACGUCAAGUUUCUUACAAACAUUAACGGGACGCUUACCAACUAAAAAGCUCUUUCAUGAGGAGCUGGCUUUGCAGUGGGUUGUUUGCAGUGGCAGCGUUCGGGAGUCAGCUCUGCAACAAGCCUGGUUCUUUUUUGAGUUAAUGGUGAAGAGCAUGGUGCACUAUUUAUACUUUAAUGAUAAACUCGAUGCACCAAGGAAAACUCGUUUUCCAGAACGUUUUAUGGAUGACAUUGCUGCUCUCGUCAGUACAAUUGCUAGUGACAUAGUUUCACGAUUUCAGAAGGACACAGAAAUGGUUGAAAGACUCAAUACAAGUCUUGCAUUUUUUCUCAAUGAUCUGUUGUCUGUUAUGGACAGAGGAUUUGUCUUUAGUCUUAUAAAGACCUGCUAUAAACAGGUGUCUUCAAAGCUUUAUUCAUUACCAAAUCCAAGUGUCCUGGUGUCCUUGAGGCUGGAUUUUCUGCGAAUCAUCUGCAGCCAUGAGCACUAUGUUACAUUAAACUUGCCCUGCAGCCUGCUUACACCACCAGCAUCACCAUCACCUUCUGUUUCUUCUGCAACAUCUCAGAGUUCUGGAUUUUCCACCAAUGUACAAGACCAGAAGAUUGCAAAUAUGUUUGAACUGUCUGUGCCUUUCCGCCAACAGCAUUACUUGGCAGGACUUGUAUUAACAGAGCUGGCUGUCAUUUUAGACCCUGAUGCUGAAGGAUUGUUUGGAUUGCAUAAGAAAGUCAUCAAUAUGGUACACAAUUUACUAUCCAGUCAUGACUCCGACCCGCGGUACUCUGACCCCCAGAUAAAGGCGCGGGUGGCCAUGUUGUAUCUCCCUCUGAUUGGCAUCAUCAUGGAGACUGUUCCUCAGCUGUAUGAUUUUACAGAAACUCACAAUCAACGAGGAAGACCAAUUUGUAUAGCCACUGAUGAUUAUGAAAGUGAGAGUGGAAGCAUGAUAAGCCAGACAGUUGCCAUGGCAAUUGCAGGAACCUCAGUUCCUCAACUAACAAGGCCCGGCAGUUUCCUCCUCACAUCAACGAGUGGCAGACAGCACACUACCUUUUCAGCAGAAUCAAGUCGGAGCCUUUUGAUCUGUCUACUUUGGGUUCUCAAGAAUGCAGAUGAAACAGUUCUACAAAAGUGGUUCACAGAUCUCUCUGUCCUGCAGCUAAACCGGCUAUUAGAUCUGCUUUAUCUCUGUGUUUCAUGCUUUGAGUACAAAGGAAAGAAGGUGUUUGAAAGAAUGAAUAGUUUGACCUUUAAGAAAUCAAAAGACAUGAGAGCUAAGCUUGAAGAAGCUAUUCUUGGGAGCAUAGGUGCUAGACAAGAAAUGGUGCGCCGGAGCCGAGGACAGCUUGAGAGAAGCCCAUCUGGAAGUGCCUUUGGAAGUCAAGAAAAUCUGAGGUGGAGAAAGGAUAUGACUCACUGGCGUCAAAACACUGAGAAGCUUGACAAGUCAAGAGCAGAGAUUGAACAUGAAGCACUGAUUGAUGGAAAUCUGGCUACUGAAGCAAACCUAAUCAUUUUGGAUACAUUAGAGAUUGUUGUCCAGACAGUUUCUGUAACAGAAUCCAAAGAGAGCAUCCUUGGUGGGGUGCUGAAAGUGCUCCUGCACAGCAUGGCCUGUAACCAAAGUGCAGUUUAUCUACAACACUGUUUCGCUACCCAGAGGGCCCUGGUUUCAAAGUUCCCUGAACUCCUAUUUGAAGAAGAGACAGAGCAGUGUGCUGAUUUAUGCCUCCGGCUUCUCCGACACUGUAGCAGUAGUAUCAGUACAAUACGGUCACACGCUAGUGCCUCCCUUUACCUGCUGAUGAGGCAAAAUUUUGAAAUAGGGAAUAACUUUGCCAGGGUUAAAAUGCAAGUAACCAUGUCGCUAUCCUCCUUGGUGGGCACAUCUCAGAAUUUUAAUGAAGAAUUCUUAAGACGUUCUCUGAAGACUAUAUUGACAUAUGCUGAGGAAGAUCUGGAAUUGAGGGAAACAACAUUUCCUGAUCAGGUCCAAGAUUUGGUUUUCAAUCUCCAUAUGAUCCUCUCUGACACUGUCAAAAUGAAGGAACACCAGGAGGAUCCUGAAAUGCUAAUUGAUCUAAUGUACAGAAUUGCCAAGGGCUACCAGACCUCCCCAGAUCUGCGACUGACCUGGUUGCAGAACAUGGCUGGCAAACACUCUGAACGCAGCAAUCACGCCGAAGCUGCACAGUGCCUGGUCCACUCAGCAGCACUUGUUGCUGAAUAUUUGAGCAUGCUAGAGGACCGCAAAUAUCUUCCUGUGGGGUGUGUAACAUUUCAGAAUAUUUCAUCUAACGUUUUAGAAGAGUCUGCAGUCUCAGAUGAUGUGGUAUCUCCAGAUGAAGAAGGUAUUUGCUCUGGAAAGUACUUUACUGAGUCAGGACUUGUGGGAUUACUGGAACAAGCAGCUGCUUCUUUUUCUAUGGCUGGCAUGUAUGAGGCAGUUAACGAGGUGUACAAAGUACUUAUUCCUAUUCAUGAAGCUAAUCGGGACGCAAAGAAAUUAUCCACAAUUCAUGGUAAACUUCAGGAAGCAUUCAGCAAAAUUGUUCAUCAGAGUACUGGCUGGGAGCGGAUGUUUGGCACCUAUUUUCGUGUUGGUUUUUAUGGAACCAAGUUCGGGGAUUUGGACGAACAGGAAUUUGUUUACAAGGAGCCCGCCAUAACCAAACUUGCAGAGAUCUCUCACAGGCUGGAGGGAUUUUAUGGAGAAAGAUUUGGAGAGGAUGUGGUUGAAGUAAUCAAAGAUUCUAAUCCUGUAGACAAGUGUAAAUUAGACCCUAACAAGGCAUAUAUUCAGAUUACCUACGUGGAGCCAUACUUUGACACAUAUGAGAUGAAGGACAGAAUUACAUAUUUUGACAAAAACUAUAAUCUUCGCCGUUUCAUGUAUUGUACACCCUUUACUUUAGACGGUCGUGCCCAUGGGGAACUUCAUGAACAAUUCAAACGAAAGACCAUUCUGACUACUUCUCAUGCUUUUCCUUAUAUUAAGACAAGGGUCAAUGUUACCCUUAAAGAAGAGAUCAUCUUAACACCAAUUGAAGUUGCUAUCGAAGACAUGCAGAAAAAGACACAGGAGUUGGCAUUUGCUACACAUCAGGAUCCCGCAGAUCCCAAAAUGCUUCAGAUGGUACUCCAGGGAUCUGUAGGCACGACUGUGAAUCAAGGACCUUUGGAAGUUGCCCAGGUUUUCCUAUCUGAAAUACCCAGUGACCCAAAACUCUUCAGGCAUCAUAAUAAACUGCGACUGUGCUUCAAAGAUUUUACUAAAAGGUGUGAGGAUGCCUUAAGAAAAAAUAAGAGCUUAAUUGGACCAGAUCAAAAGGAAUAUCAAAGGGAACUGGAAAGAAAUUAUCAUCGUCUUAAAGAGGCGCUGCAGCCUCUGAUAAACAGAAAGAUCCCUCAGUUAUAUAAGGCGGUAUUACCUAUCACCUGCCACAGAGAUUCCUUCAGUCGAAUGAGCCUGCGCAAAAUGGAUCUCUAAAAUAAACACUUGUUUUAUUCAUUUGAAAAGAGCCACAUAUUCAACAUUGUGUGCGAAAAGAUCUGUUGAAAAAUAAGACUUGGGAUUUAAUUCUGGAAGUUACAGCAUUAAUUUACUCAAUGAAGAAUGCAGUGGCCCAAACAAUAUCAAAUGUAGAUUGUUGAAGUUUGAGAAUCAUGGCUAUGGCUUCUAAUGUUCUGGUAAUAUGCUGUUAUCUUUUUUAAAAGGCAUUUUAAUGACUCAAAGGUACACUUAUACAUUUACCAUUAUUUAUACCAUAGCUGAUGUUAAAUUUAUUUACUUUAAGUUUGUAUUUUUUAAUUUAUAUUACCAUUUAUAGAUUCAUUUUGGAACCGUGUUAAAUGUAGUAAUGCAUAUUUUAAAGGUACUAUUAAAUAUGUGAACAUUUACACUAAUUUUACUGAGUGGAACUUUAAAGAAUUUCUUUAUUGACAAAGGCAGAGAAUAAGUUAGAGUUGAUUCAAGAACCAGUUCAAAAACUAGCAAAAUGAAAAUAAAAAUUGUUACUAUAUGG